AGUACUCCAAAUAUCCGGAAUGCCCACCCCGAGACCGCAGGGAACGGCAUUAGCCUUGUGCAGCCGUCGUAUAUGGACCAUGGCGGCUCGUUCAACCAGGAAACCUCUACCCAACCCUCUAGCGAGAUAGUGCCCAGCCAGGGUAGUCCUCCCAUCGGCACAGAGAAUGCAUCCAGCAACAACAACCUUUUGCUCACAGGUUUCAACUUUGAGGACAGCUUAUUCGAGCCUGAUUGGUCCUAUGUACCUAAUCUAGCGUCUAGCUUGGUUGAUGAAUAUGUUGCCGAACAAGACGUUGCUUCUGACCCCAGAGGCAAUGAGUUACAACCUACAAGUGGUACUGUGAGUCUCCCGGCGCAGUCAAUUCGUCCAGGCUCUUCGAUCCCAAUGGCACUGGAACUUAAUAGUUCUUCUUCUCUAUUUCAAAAACGUGACUUCCCCGAAACAGAGCUUGGGCUUGCCAGCGACGUUGCCCUGCAUAUCCUGCGAUCCUACCCAUACAUGAUUGCCAGCCAGGGCGCCGUUCCUCCGUUUAUUCACCCGCAAUAUGAAUCACUAGAUGAAGGCAACACGACGCGCCCGAGCCCUCUUUAUGCUUCACUGAACCUCGUCAAGAUGCUUCUGCAUGAUAGACGAGUAAACAAGGGGUUGAUGUGGGGGUUGAUUCGGAUCGAACAGGAGCGACUGCUAAACGAGCACCUUAGUUUUAGUCGGUGGGAGCUCCUACAGGCUUUACAAGCUCUGGUUGUGUAUAUGCUCCUGAGGAUUAUAGAGGGACGCCACGAGUAUACCAACUUUGAUAGCCAGCUUUUAAUCUCGCUGAAUGCAAUCUGUAAGCAUCUCACUAUGAAAUAUGGCAAGCUCAUCAGCCCAGAGGAAGUUGCGGGCCGGGAGAUGCCCUGGAAGGACUGGGUGUUCAACGAAUCCCGUCGUCGCACCUCGAGCACGGUUGUCGUCAUCACCCGUAUCCUCCACGCCCAGAUUUCGCCGCCAUCUGAGGGCAUGACGGAAUACUCCCACUUCCCCGCGCCAUCCCCUAUGAAGUUAUGGCGAGCUGAGAACGAGGCUGAUUGGGCAAUUGACUACACGGAAUACCAAUAUCAGAAUGCUGUGCACGGAAUGCUUAAAAUCGGCGAUCUUGUUCAGCUAAAGGGCAGAGUUGGCAAUCAGAAUGAUGGAUGGUAUGCUUACGCCGACUCGCUCGGUCUCUUGGUGACAUUAGCGGCGGAUCUGAUCUGCUAG